AUGACGGCGAACACCAACGAAGCCGCUGUGACCGAGUCUAUUACCAGUCCUGACGCUGAAGAGCAGGAAGAGGAGACAGAAGAAGAGGAAGCCAAGACGGAUGGAGAAGAAACUGAACAAGGCGACGAGACGCAACAAUCUGCCAAGACCAAGUCAUUUGCAGAUGAUUUGAUCUGUCCCAUCAGCCAUGAGUUGCCAUGGGAACCUGUCACAGCUAUGGAUGGACGUGUCUAUGAACACAAGUCCAUCCAGCACCGCAACAUCAUUGAAACGGCAAUUGAGAAGGGUGAGAUCCCUGAAGAUCUGCCCAAAGAAUGGAACAAAAGGGUCCAGCAAAAGAAUAAGAUGGAGAAAAUGGUGAAGAAGGCCGAAGAUGGUGAUGCACAAGCGAUGUAUGACGUAGCCAUCAAUUAUGUACGGGGCACUGCUGCGGUUGAGCAAGACCUCAAAUUAUCCUUCCAAUGGGUCGAGAAAGCACAUUGUGCAGGGAGUGUGAUUGCAACAGCAGUAAUGGGUCACUAUUAUCUGGCAGGUUUGGGUGUCCGUAAAUGUCUUAUCAGAGGCAUCAUGUUUCUCACCAUGGCAGCAGGCCACGGUUCAGACUGGGCAGCACACGUUUUGGGAAUGGUACUUGCCAGAGGCAACUACGGAGUGGUUGUGGAUAAAUCAGUUGCCCUAUUUUGGCUCAAGAAGGCUCUUGGCAAAUGUGCUCAUAAGAAUAUGUCAGAUAGUCAGAAGAAGGAAUGUGAGGAGCUGCUGAAUGAGCUCAAAGCCAAUGAUAGCAGCUCCAGCACUCCCUAG